UCAGGGAAAUUCUGAACUGAGACAUAGCUGAGACAGUCAAAGGAUGCAAAAGGGAAAAAAAAGGAAAGACAGACAGACACAUACACACACCAAGACCACAGAACCAAAUGGGUGACCUACAAGGGAGAUGUGAACUGGUACACGGCUUGACGACAGGCUUGAAGAUGAACUCCUCGGGGGUAACGGGGCUGAUUCGACGGUCUCUGGAGGCUAAAGAAUUUGCAUAUUGUCCCUACAGCAUGUUCAGAGUAGGGGCUGCAGUUCUGACCCAUGACGGCAAAGUGUUCACAGGCUGCAAUGUUGAAAAUGCCUGCUAUAGCCUGGGCAUCUGCGCAGAGAGGACUGCCAUAUCGAAGGCCGUAUCAGAAGGAUACAAAGAUUUCAAAGCCAUCGCAAUAGCCAGUGAUUUGUGUGAACAGUUCAUCUCCCCCUGUGGAGCGUGUAGGCAGUUCAUGAGGGAAUUUGGCGGCAUUAGCUGGGUGGCGUACUUGUCCAAACCGGACGGUACGUACGUGGAGAUGACGGUCGAAGAACUUCUGCCUGAGUCUUUCGGACCGGAGGAUCUGAAGAGGAAGAAGGUGCACGCUAUUCCAAAUGAGUGUUAGUGUCAUCUUUCUCUAAGCCUCCGUGGAACAAAGAUUCUUCUGUGAUUUAACACUUUUCAAGGAUUAGAAGAAAAGUAAAACAGGCAAAAUUAAGGCACUUCUGGUGCUUCUGGUGGUUGAUCAUGAAAAAAAGGGUUUAUUUUUUUGGUGCUUACUUGUAAUAUGAUCUUCAUUCAUUCAUUCAUCUUCUACCGCUUAUCCGAACUACCUCGGGUCACGGGGAGCCUGUGCCUAUCUCAGGCGUCAUCGGGCAUCAAGGCAGGAUACACCCUGCACGGAGUGCCAACCCAUCGCAGGGCACACACACACACACUCUCAUUCACUCACACAAUCACACACUACGGACAAUUUUCCAGAGAUGCCAAUCAACCUACCAUGCAUGUCUUUGGACCGGGGGAGGAAACCGGAGUACCCGGAGGAAACCCCCGAGGCACGGGGAGAACAUGCAAACUCCACACACACAAGGCGGAGGCAGGAAUCGAACCCCCAACCCUGGAGGUGUGAGGCGAACGUGCUAACCACUAAGCCACCGUGCCCUUGUAAUAUGAUCUUGUGACUGUAAUAUAAUAUUAAGUCAUGUAAUACGACCGUGUUUUAAAAGUUGUAAAUAUAAUCGUGUGUAAAACGUACAUAGAACGUAUUUAAGAUACAUACUGUAUACUGUAAGUGCGUGUUAAAUAAAGUUGAGACAAUCCGA